AUGUGUGGAAAUCUUCUUGUAAUAAUCUCCAUCAUUUACUUCAAACAGCUCCACACUCCUACAAACUACCUCAUCCUCUCUCUGGCUGUGGCUGACCUGCUUGUUGGGGUUGUAGUUUUGCCUUUUAGCACAAUUCUGGUUGUAACUUCAUGUUGGUAUCUGAAAGAUUUACUCUGUAUGUUACGAAGCAGCUUCGAUAUAUUUCUGAGUGUAGCAUCUAUUUUGAACUUGUGUUCUAUCUCUGUUGACAGAUAUUACGCAGUGUGUCAGCCUCUGAGCUACAGAACUAAAAUGAAUGUUCGUGUUAUUGUUGUCAUGAUCCUGUUAAGCUGGACUAUUUCUGCACAAAUUGGAAUUGGCAUCACAAUACAGGGAUUGAAUGAAGGGCAAUCAAAUGGGUGUGUUUUAUUUCAACAAACAAGAAGAACAAUUAUUGGAGUUUUUUUUGCUUUUUACCUCCCAGCUAUCAUAAUGUCCUCCAUCUACCUAAAAGUUUACAUUGUGGCACAGAGACAGGCACGCAGCAUCCAGAACAUAACGGGUCAGAGCAAAAAGUCUAAAGCAGCUGUCAGUAAGAGUGAGAGAAAGGCCACCAAAACUCUGGCUGUUGUUAUGGGAGUAUUCCUCCUCUGUUGGACUCCUUUUUUCCUUUGUAUCACUUUUUACCAUUUGAGUACUUACCCGAUACCAAUUCCUUUGAUUGAAACAUUGAAAUGGCUUGGAUUGUCCAACUCAAUGCUCAAUCCAUUGGUCUAUUGUUUCUUUUACCGCUGGUUUCGAUGA